GCCCUCAGAAUCCAAAUCUCCAACAGAGAGGCUGCUUCACCGGGGAAAACUGGAAAAAAAGAAAUAGUGGAAGGGCCUUUCGAGACAUGGCGGGCCCCUCCGGCAGCCCGGAGGACGCGGAGAAGCAGCGAGGCGGGGAUGGCAAGGUGAAGAGGGACGAGGACGAUGCCCAACCUGAGGGGAAGAGGCUGAAGCUGGGCAAGGAGGGAGGAAGCGGCAGAAAGGAAGGAGAAGACAUGCCUUGCCCGGCCAGGGAAGAGACCAGGACCCAAGCAGGUGGUGAAGGAAGAAGUGACUGUAAAUCUGAUAUUGCAGCUCUCACUUCCAGUGCCAAGAACAGUCCUCAAGGUCCAGUUCUGACAACACAGGCUGCCAGCAAAGUUGAGGAAACUACACAGAAAAUUCAUGCAAGUGGUUCUUUCAGUUUCCAUGACCGGAGUCUCCAUUCAGAUAGUAAAGCAGAUUGCAACACCUGUGUAGAAGUAGAGGACAGAAAAGUUUCCAGGCACCCCAUGAAUUGUGAAAGAGAACAGCUAAGGGGUAAUCAGGAAGCAACAGCAGCUCCUGACACAAUGGCACAGCCUUACGCCUCUGCCCAGUUUGCCCCCCCUCAGAAUGGUAUCCCAGCAGAGUACACGGCUCCUCAUCCCCAUCCCGCUCCAGAGUACACAGGCCAGACGACAGUCCCAGAGCACACGUUAAACAUGUACCCUCCUGCGCAGACACACUCUGAACAAAGUGCCACCGACACAAGCGCUCAGACCGUCUCUGGCACAGCCACACAGACAGACGAUGCAGCACAGACUGAUGGUCAGCCCCAGACACAAUCUUCUGAAAACACAGAAAACAAAUCACAGCCAAAGCGGCUUCACGUCUCAAAUAUUCCCUUCAGAUUCCGGGAUCCAGACCUCAGACAAAUGUUUGGUCAAUUUGGUAAAAUCUUAGAUGUUGAAAUUAUUUUUAAUGAGCGGGGCUCAAAGGGAUUUGGUUUCGUAACUUUCGAAAAUAGUGCCGAUGCGGACAGGGCGAGGGAGAAAUUACACGGCACCGUGGUAGAGGGCCGUAAAAUCGAGGUGAAUAAUGCUACAGCACGUGUAAUGACAAACAAAAAGACAGUCAACCCUUAUACAAAUGGCUGGAAAUUGAAUCCAGUUGUGGGUGCCGUUUAUAGUCCAGAAUUCUAUGCAGGCACGGUGCUGUUGUGCCAGGCAAACCAAGAAGGAUCUUCCGUGUACAGUGCCCCCAGUUCACUAGUAUACACUUCCACAAUGCCCGGCUUCCCUUAUCCGGCUGCAACCGCUGCCGCUGCCUACAGAGGAGCCCACCUCAGAGGCCGUGGUCGCGCAGUCUACAAUACGUUUCGGGCAGCCGCUCCUCCUCCCCCGAUCCCAGCCUAUGGCGGUGUUGUGUACCAGGAUGGAUUUUAUGGUGCAGACAUUUAUGGUGGUUAUGCAGCCUACAGGUAUGCCCAACCUGCCACUGCCACUGCAGCUGCCUACAGUGACAGAAAUCAAUUCGUCUUCGUUGCAGCAGAUGAAAUUUCUUGUAACACCUCUGCAGUUACGGACGAGUUUAUGCUGCCGACCCCUACCACCACACACUUGCUCCAGCCCCCACCUACGGCGUUGGUGCCAUGAAUGCUUUUGCACCCUUGACUGAUGCCAAGACUAGGAGCCAUGCUGAUGAUGUGGGUCUCGUUCUUUCUUCAUUACAGGCUAGUAUAUACCGAGGGGGAUACAGCCGUUUUGCUCCAUACUAAAUGACAAAACCAUAAAAACCUUCCAAUGUGGGGAAAAAGGAAGCUUUCCGAGGCCCGGGUAUUGCAAUACAUGCAGUAGUGCAUCAUUUUAGCGACUCUAAAGAGAGGAGAAAUUACAUUUUUUAUCUUAUACCUCAGAUAUUUUGUUCUGUGUAUUUUAAUAUUGUGGGUCUUUAAUUUCUGAAGGUUAUGUAGUUCGAUUGUUGGCUGUAGACGUUUUUGUGGUUGAUCUAGAAAGCUGCUAGAUAUGAAUAAAAACUGUUUUAGGGCCACAAUCAAGAGUGCUAUAUCAUGUAAAUGAAUUAUAUAUGCUGAAUAUUAAGCUAUUGGGGUUAUCACAUGUUUUGUAAGAGUGUAAGUGACUAUAGUAGUCAUUUUUUCUGCAUCUACAUCGAUUUGCGUUUAUGAGAGGGGAGGGGCGGGAGGGACCUGGGGGUACGGGAAUGGGGUUUGGCUAAAAACUAUGAAUUAAUACAUCGAUGAAGCUAAAACGGGCCCCACUGCACCAACUAUCAUGUAUCAACUGUCGUAAAUUACUCACUGUUUGUUCAAAGCCAAAGGUUAUGUUGUUAGGAGGGGGUGCUUCUUGUGACACUUGUACAUACGAUCUGAUGGAAGCUGUCCAAGCCCACCCUUUUAAGGCAUUCCACCAGGCAGUAUUCAGCUAUUUAACCGUAACUAGUUAUUUAGGCAACAAAAAAAAAAAAAAGAAAAAAAAAACCCUGCUAGUUAGGCCAUUAACAAACAUUCUUUUUAUAUUUCUUCCAGUAUAAUAAAUUAUUGAUAUCAUUGCUGACUUUUAUAUUAUGGGAGGGAAAACAUUAAUAAAAGGUGAUAAAAGCACUGUUUCUAUUUUUUUCUUUUUUUCCAAAAAAGAAAGUAAUAAAAACUUAAAUUCUUUGUACCAGUUAAAAGAAAAUGUAUAAAAUUUACACAUCUGUGCAGUGGAGUUGUUAAGUUCUAGAAAUACACAGCCUAUGAUGCUUUAGAUUUAGCCCAGUAGAACAACUGUUAGAGACAGACGUAUCAUUUUUAUGGAAUUACAUGAUAAUCAUAAUCAGAUUUAUAUAAGCAUUUUACAAGUAUUGCAACCAUUGGGUAGGUAAUCAUGGUAUUUUCAUCAGCUUGGUACUUUUUGAAACAUGAACCGUGUUGUGUAAACAAUCUGCAAUUUUUCAAUCCGUGACGGCCUGCCCCUCCUCACCCCUCACGCUCCCCCCACCCACCCCCAUUCAUUUUCCAACCAGGAAUUUUUAGUUAACUCAUCGGGCCCAGGACAACUUUCUGCCUGGAGCCAAAGAAGGCCCUCCUCCUUGCAAAACAAUGAAUGUGAAUGUCAUAUUAUCUGGGCACUGGGAAGCUCACACAUCCAACUGAUGGAAGGUGCCUCUCUGGCAGAUUCAGGCGCAGUUGAAAAAUUGCAAUUUGUCUGUGCAUAUGUUUGGACUCUUUCCAUGUUGUCCUGUUUACAAGUUAACCUAAGUUGGGGUGUUUGUCACGGGUCUUCCUGUUUUUGUAUUUAAAUAAGUAAAGCAGGAAACUGCCCUGGUCACAGUUUUCCUGCAGAUAGUUAUAUCCUCAUGUGUAACGGGCACGCCCCAUGGCGUGCCCUUUAGUAAGUUAUCAACUCACCGCUGUGAACCUGCCAACUUGCUAUAACAACUCUGCUUUAAAAACAAAGUGUUUGUGAUCCGGCUUCCUCUUUGUCAUCGUAUGUGCAUGCAAUAUGAUCAGUUGGACAAUAACCAUCAAUAAAGUUUCACAAGAUUUGAAAA